AUGCAUCAUUUUUGCAAUGAUGAAGAUGAAUUUGAACCACGAAUUACACCGAAACCUGCAUCUAAACUUAAUCGCUUUACAGUACCAUCUGUUCCUGAAGUUUCUUUAAUAUUUGAUAAACCUUUAAGUUGCAAGACUAUAGAACAUACAGAUUUUCAGUCAGCACCUGUGGCAUCUAAAAGUUUAAUGCUCAAAAAUAAGAUUUCAUCUCCUUUAAAUAUUAAUGCGUCAUAUGCUGCAUGGAAAGAACAAAAUUAUUCAUGGAACCCUCCAACUUCUAAAAUUAAUGAUUAUACAAUUCCACAAAAAGCACAAUCAAAUCAAAAUUAUAUGGUACAUUCUUACUUAGCAGAAGAUAACACUACAGAUGCUUUAAAUAGAUCUAAAGGAAAGAAUUACACUCUGAAGAAAGAUAGUCAUAAUGCUUCAAGGUAUGAGGGAAAAAAACAUAGAGAAAGUGAUGAUCGUUCCUGUAAAUAUUAUUAUGAAAAUUCAGAAGAUAGUACAGCACAUACUGAAAAAAAACAAAGCAUAAAAGCUCAACAUUGCAUUAGCACUGAUCAUUAUAUUCUUAAUGAAAAUGAAUAUUCUCCAUUGUUAUAUGAAAGAAAAUUAGCAACUCAUAAUUCUAAACAGCAAAAGGUACCAUUCAAUGAUUCAGUCACUGAACCGAACUUACAAAAUCGAACUAUUAAUCCAAAUAGUUUGAAUAGGAAUGAAUUUCAAUUGCCACAUUAUGUGGGGCAACAGAACCGAUAUUUUAAUAUGAAUGCAUAUCCAUUUCCCCAACUUCAACCUUAUUCUACUCAGAAUACAGAUAAUCAAGAAACAGUAAAAAAUUUAUUACAGAUUAUAAAUAGUCAAAAUGAGCAAAUUAAAUCUCUACAGACACAAGUAGAUAGAUUACUGAAAAUACAAGAAGAAAAUUUGAAGGAAAGAAAAAGAUGUUCUUGUUCAUUUCAAUUGCAGCAACAAAGUGAUCAAUUACAUACAGACUCUAAUGAUAUUGUAAAUGCUUCAAACUAUGUUACUAUAUCAGAAAACACAAAAAAAACUGCAUAUCAAAGCGAUCCCUUCAAGGAUAAAAGGAAAGAAAAUUGUAAUGAAAAUGAAAAUUUGAAUCAAGAAGAAUUAAUAUUAACAGAUGGACAAUCAAAAAAAACAUUUAUGGAACAAAAAGUUUCUAUUGGUGUAAUGACAAGUUUUGAGUUCACUGUACAAAACAGUCCUUUUACUGUAGAUAUUGAGGAUUAUGAGAAAAAAGAUAGUCAACACAAGCAAGAAAAUUUAAAAAUGUGUAAUAAUAUUGGUUUUCAGGACACUAAUGAAUCUUUAAGAAGAUAUAAAAAUUCUUUUACUCGAAUGCCUAGUGCACAAUUGGAAAAUAUAGUUGAAGACUCAGAAAGUUACAUAUCAUCUAGUCAACAACAAAGUAGUAAUUUAAAUGCAAGUACUUCUAUAAAAGAUUUAGAAAAACAAGCUUAUAUGGAUAUUCGAAGAGAAACAGAUACUCAUAGAUCUAGAUCUCCUAAAUUAUGUAAACGUGUAGCUACAAAAUUAAAUGAAACUGAGGGUAAUACAAAACAACAUUUAGAAAGAACUUGUACAGAGGAAAUAAGAAAUUAUGAAACUGUAAAAACACCAAUAGUACAAAGAAAUACUGUAAAUACUGAAUAUAAUGCUCUAGAAAAUAAAAAUUAUAAGAUAAAUCCUGUCCCUAAUACAAAUCAAUAUAAAAAAUCAAAUAUACAAAGAGAUAAUGUAAAAGGAACUAAUUCUGUAGAUAAUUCAGAUUAUUAUAAAGAUUAUCGAAAAGAAAGAAAAAUUUCUAAACAGAAUAAUUGUAUUGAAGAUAGUUUAAUUUUAAAUGGUGGUGACUUGAAAAUAAAUGAAAGGCCACCUCCCACUCCAGAGCCUAGUAUUCAUGUUGAAAUGCAUGAGUAUUCUAGUGAUGAUGAUAGUGAAAAAGUUAAACGUAGUUCAAAAGUGGGGUGGACAUUUUAUAACAAUGUUCUUGGACAAGUAAACCAAUUAUUACAAAACUCUUGUGUUAUAGAUGAUCAACAACAAAAUCAAACAAAAGUAAAUCAAAAUGAACGAGAUGAGACUGAAAAUAGAGCAGUAUUAGAUACUGUAAAAGUAGCUACAUUAGAACAACUUAAAAAACUUGGAAUUAGUUUAAGUGAAAACCCAGAAGCUAAAGAAUUGAACAAUAGCAACAAGAUGGCAUUUGACUUAUCAUUCUAUCCACGUUUGGAUUAUCAAGCAAAUAUGUCACAUGCUACAAGUGCUGUAAAUGAAACAAAUACAAGUAUGCAUAUGAAAGCACUAGCUUUAAAGUAUCUAACCGAUGAACAACUUGCUGAACUAGCAGUACAAAGGCAAGGUUCUACAUCUGUAAAACAUCUUAUGGUUAGCAAUGUACAAGGUACAAAUAUGUCUUUUGCCACAAUGCGUUAUUUAGAAAGAUAUCAACUACUUCCAGGAAAAAGUAAUGGUCAAGCAGAAGAUAUUGGUAAAUUACAAGUUGAUGUGCCUUCAAAGGUUGAGUUGAAAUUUACAAACUCAAAGGGUAGUCCUAAAACACUGCAACGUUUUCCAUUUAGUCAAACACCUAGAACAACCUGCCCCAGUAAGAUCCUAGAUAUUUCAACUUUAAAGCAACAGCCAAAACUCUUAUAA